CCUGCGGCAGCUGCCGGUGGCCCAGGGCGUCCAGGAGCCAUGAUCGAGGUUGUGUGCAACGACAGGCCGGGCAAGAAGGUCCGUGUGAAGUGCAGCCCCGACGACUCCAUCGGGGACCUGAAGAAGCUGGUUGCGGCUCAGACGGGCACCCGUUGGAACAAGAUCGUCCUGAAGAAGUGGUACAUGGUGUUCAAGGACCACGUGACGCUGGGGGACUAUGAAAUCCACGACGUAAUGAGCCUGGAGCUGUAUUACCAAUAGGGCAUGGCCAGCGCCCAAAUCGGCCAAAUGCCCAAAUCUGUGCCUCU